AUGAAGGCCUUUAUUUUUGCGGCCUUUGCCUUGGCUGCUUCAGCGGCCUUUGUUGAGGCUGGUGUGUUCAAAGCCAAAUUGUCCAAGUUGCCCCACGCGAAAGAGCGUACGUUAGCCUCAGUGAUCUCGCAAUCAGAGUUCCUGGGCUACAAGUACGGCGCGAUGCGCAAGCAAAGGCCUUUCUCUCUUACUCAAAAUGCAGAGGGUGGUAUGAGCAUCCAGAGCGCGGAUGCGGGUUUGAGCUCUGACAAGUGGAUGGGUGAGGCGAAGGCCGGACAUGAUGUGCCUUUAACCGACUUUGUGAACGCACAAUACUUUGCGGACAUUGAACUUGGCUCGCCGCCUCAAACAUUCAAGGUCAUCCUUGAUACCGGAUCAGCAAACUUGUGGGUUCCCUCGCAGUCUUGCACCUCAAUUGCUUGUUUCUUGCACAAGAAGUACGACAGCUCUUUGUCAACGACAUACAAGGCCAAUGGCUCGACUUUUGAGAUCCAGUACGGAUCGGGCAGUAUGGAGGGCUUUGUCUCGCAAGACAACCUGAAGAUCGGUGACCUGUCGAUCCAGGGCCAAGACUUUGCGGAAGCUACCAGUGAGCCGGGACUGGCUUUUGCUUUCGGCAAGUUUGAUGGUAUCUUGGGCUUGGCGUACGAUACGAUCAGUGUGAACAAGAUUGUGCCUCCCUUUUACAAGAUGGUAGAGCAAGGGCUCCUGGACAAGAACCAGUUUGCUUUCUACCUUGGCUCGGAUGACUCCGAUGGCGGUGAGGCUACGUUCGGUGGAACGGACAAGAGCCACUAUGAAGGCCCGAUCGUGUAUGCCCCUGUCCGUCGUAAGGGUUACUGGGAGGUGGCGCUGAACAAGAUCAGCUUUGGCAAAGAAGAAUUGGUGCUCCCUCGUACGGGUGCUGCUAUCGAUACCGGCACGUCGCUGAUCGCUAUGCCCUCUGAUAUCGCCGAGAUUCUGAACAAGGAAAUCGGCGCUACGCGUAGUUGGACUGGCCAAUAUAGUGUGGAUUGUGCCAAAGUGCCUUCACUCCCGGACCUGACUUUCUACCUGGACAACAAGCCCUACACGCUCAAGGGUAAGGACUACAUUUUGGAUGUGCAAGGUACUUGUAUCUCUUCCUUUAUGGGUUUGGACUUGCCUGCGCCUGUGGGUCCGCUCUGGAUCAUUGGUGAUGUGUUCUUGCGUAAGUUCUACACUGUCUAUGAUCUAGACAAGAAUGCAGUGGGCUUUGCCAAGGCGGUCGCCAACUAG